AUGACUGACACCGUGUUCAGCAACAGCUCUAGCCGUUGGAUGUGUCCCAGUGACCGACCCCUUCAAUCAGAUGAUAAAGAACAGCUCCAGGCAGGCUGGCCCGUCCAUCCCAGCGGUCCGCCCGACAGACAGAGGAAGCAGGAAGAGCUGACAGAUGAGGAGAAGGAAAUCAUCAACAGGGUGAUCGCUCGAGCUGAGAAAAUGGAAGAGAUGGAGCAGGAGCGAAUUGGGCGCCUGGUGGACCGUCUGGAGAACAUGAGGAAGAACGUGGCUGGGGACGGGGUGAACCGCUGCAUACUGUGUGGAGAACAGCUGGGGAUGUUGGGCUCCACCUGUGUGGUGUGUGAGGACUGUAAAAAGAACGUCUGCACUAAGUGUGGGGUGGAGACCUCCAAUAACCGCCCGCAUUCCGUGUGGCUCUGUAAAAUCUGCAUCGAGCAGAGAGAGGUGUGGAAGCGUUCUGGAGCGUGGUUCUUCAAGGGAUUCCCCAAACAGGUCCUCCCACAGCCUAUGCCUAUAAGGAAGACCAAGCCCCAGGAGCCUGUCAGUGAGCCUGCUGUCCCUGAGCAGGUCACUCCUGAGCCCAAGCAUGCUGCCCGGGCUCCAACCCGAGGUGACACGGAAGACCGGAGGGGCCCAGGUCAGAAGACAGGUCCUGACCUGGCCUCUGCCCCCGGGCGAGGAAGCUAUGGGCCUCCUGUGCGCAGGGCCUCUGAGGCACGCAUGAGCUCAUCCAGCCGGGACUCAGAGAGCUGGGACCAUGGCCACGGUGGGGCUGCCGCUGACUCCAGCCGGAGCCCAGCUGGUUUGCGACGAGCAAACUCAGUCCAGGCCUCCAGACCGGCCCCCGCCUCCGUGCAGAGCCCAGCCCCUCCACAGCCCGGGCAGCCAGGGCCUCCAGGAGGCGGCAAAGCCAGCCCUGGGCCAGCAGGACGCUUUCCAGAUCACAGACCAGGCAAGUGUUCCCCCUCCUCCCAUACCUGUCCAGGACUGAAGCCCAUGGAUUCCAACGGCUUGGCUGAUCCUUACGUUAAGCUGCAUCUCCUGCCGGGAGCCAGCAAGGUACCAUAUGGCCCGGGCCUCUCGGCAGGCUGGGCACAUGGGCCCUGGAUCUCUGUCUGUGACGAGGACAAAUUUGGCCAUAACGAGUUUAUCGGUGAGACCAGAUUCUCACUCAAGAAACUGAAGCCUAACCAGAGAAAGAACUUCAACAUCUGCCUGGAGCGGGUGAUCCCGAUGAAGCGUGCUGGAACCACCGGGUCAGCCCGAGGCAUGGCCCUUUAUGAGGAGGAGCAGGUGGAACGAAUCGGUGACAUAGAGGAACGCGGCAAGAUCCUGGUGUCCCUCAUGUACAGCACACAACAGGGAGGCCUCAUCGUGGGCAUCAUACGCUGCGUGCACCUGGCCGCCAUGGAUGCCAAUGGCUACUCAGAUCCAUUUGUCAAGCUCUGGCUGAAACCGGACAUGGGAAAGAAAGCCAAACACAAGACUCAAAUAAAGAAGAAAACCUUGAAUCCUGAAUUUAAUGAGGGCCGGGUGUCCUUGGGCUGGGCCAGCUGCUGGCGACGUCCCGGGAGCUGUGUAGACCUCCUGUAG